CUUCAAAGUACGUCAUCAGCAAUGGCCUCUUUCUCGUCCAUAUUUGAUGACGGAACGGUUCAGUUAUAAACAUGGAGGAGAGAGAAGCGCUGAAGAGACAAAUUGAACUUCUACAAAAUCUCAUCAAUACACAUAAGAGUGUCCACGGUGACGCGCCGAAUGCAAGAGUUGAGCAGAGGCACCCAGAAGCUUCAACGUUAUCCAGAGGCAGAGGUCACAGCUCGUCUGUCAUCCAUCCUCAGAGCUCCAGAGGGAGGGGAGUGUACGAUCCUCAGAGCUCCAGAGGGAGGGGAGUGUAUGAUCCUCAGAGCUUUAGAGGGAGGGGAGUGUACGAUCCUCAGAGCCGUGGAAGUUGGAGGAAGACCUACUCGCUGAGAAACAAAACCCCUCAGACGUCUGUUGGACCUCCCUCAGCUUCUACCUCCUCUUCUGGUCAUCAGUCCGUCUCCACCAGUGCAGCUAACAGCACUUCACUGCCCAGCCACAGCCGAGGAGAGGAAAGCGAUGCUGCCAAAGUGACUGUUUUGUCAUCAACGGUCUCUCAGCACAGGAGAGAGGGACACGUUGAGAGCAGUGCAGGGAGUAGUGGAGUUACAACAGAGAAGAAAAACACAUUUACUCAAAGCAAAGCAGCCGGGUCAGAGCACGACGAUGGAGAAGGAGGUUCAGGCUCAACAGACCCCCAGCAUCAAACACUUCUCCAGCAGGGGCCUGAACAGAGACGUAUAGGUCUGCCAGAGAAGAAAGUCAGUGUUUCUGCAGAGGUGCCAUCUUCCCCCAAAGCCAAGACCUCCGCCGAUUUGAAUAGCAGCCCCCUAAAGCCUUCCCUAUCAAAGAAAACCAGCACUGAGUCAAAACAUUCUAAUACCACAAAAAAUCCAGCCAAUCUCCCCACUGGUCAUACUGGUCUACCUCUCUCUGCCCCGUCUCAAAUACCAAAACAGCUGGCAGUGAAACCUGCAGCACACUCCAGCCACAGCCAAGUGAGUGCUUCUUAUUUAAAAAAGUCAAAGUUCACUUGGGUUAAGAAUCGAAACGUGGAGGGAGCAGAGGCUAAACAAGCUAGCUCUGUUUCUUCACCAGCAGCCAAAGCUGUGACCGUCGCCCCGACGUCGACCUCAAAAGUCGGGGUUGCUGUUGGAAGCUCCCCCUUACUCCCAACUGGUAAAAGAACCCCCAACAAGAAGCUACCUCGAAAGCUAAGCCCAGUCACUGUAGCCCCAAAGACCUCCAAGUACAGAUGGGUCUCCUCCUCUGCGGGAUCACAAACUAAAAUAUAUAGAAAGUCAACUCCUCCCAAAGCUCUGGAGAAGAGAGAGGCCGCCAAGAAAGUCAGAACACCCUCCGCUCCUUCCGCUAAGUUCAAAAAGGGGACCGCAGGUUCCCCGUCCGGCUCCUCGCCGAGCAGCCGGUACUGCUGGAAGGCGGGAGGUCAGAGUUCUUUUGCGGCAGUGCAAGGAGGCACAUCAGUGGUCCGUCGUAAAUCUGCGUUCCACUGGACGUCGGACAAAAGCUGCAAAAGCAUAAAAGGAGGGCUUGUUUCUCCUCCCUCCCAGCGUACCUCCUUCACACCGUCCCCCGGUGGGUUCAAGCUCCGCAGCAGGAUGAAGAUCAUCAGGAAGUCUGCCACAAGGUAAGACAUGGAAACAUGAUCUAUCUCCCCCCGGAGCAGGAUCUACAGCUCAGCCCGGUCUCCCACAGGAGUGAGGAGGACUCCCUCCAGAGAGCUCGUGUCUUUCGGUCGACACAAGUUGAGGCGGCUGUCCC